AUGUCCGAGCAGCGCAUGGUGCCCCAAAGUCAAAAUCUCGACCUUUAUACAUCGCAAUUAAAAGUCCCUACUACCUUCCAUGACUUGGUAGAAGGAGAUCAAUUCGAAGAUCCGGCCGACUCAAACUCGCUGGGUGGUGUCAAUCCCGCAGUUACAUGGAACAGCAUGGAUCCUUUUUCCACACAAGAUGCAUAUGGAUCGAAUCAGUUCCCCCGACCAAAUUUGGACUUGGAGAGCAUGGCACUUCCAGCUGAGCCGCUUAAUUUCGAUCACAUCCCAGAUAACGAGCUGUCAUGGAAUCCAACGGGAGGGGCCCAACGAAUGGGUGACAAUGUUCGCCACUCGCAAAACAUGUCCUACCCCGAGGGCAACCAGUUCCGUUACCCCGCCACUCUUCGAGCAUCCACUGCGAUAGUAAAUGACUCGAGUGAAACUCCUGUUUCGUAUCUCAACAAGGGCCAGGUGUAUCAUCUUAGGGUGGUAGACCCAGUCCCGUCUGUGGCAUAUACUACCGAAUCCACACAGUACCGAACAUUUGUCCGGAUUUCAUUCGAUGAAGAACAACAACGAUCUGACCCAGCUGCCUAUUGGCAAUUAUGGAAAUCAGCGCGAGGACUAAACAAGAGCGACGAUAAAAUUAAAGCUGUCGAAUACGUGGGCGAAAAUAACCCCUUCAUGCACGUUGAGCAAGUCUCUCUCGAUGGAUUUUCUGUCACCUGGACUGGCAACCCGACCGAUAGAAUGCCCCAAUGCAGUAUCCCAGUCCGAUUCAACUUCUUAUCCACAGACUUCACACUCUCGAAGGGAGUGAAAGGAAUUCAGGUCAGGCUUUGCGUCAAGACAAAACAACUCGGCGAACUUGAUAUCCAAGAACCAGAAGUAAGCUUUUGCAAUGUGAAGCUCUUCCGCGACCAUGGCGCCGAGCGGAAACUAUCGAAUGACGCUGCGAGCAUCCGAAAAAGGAUUGAAAAGCUACAGCUCCAAAUGAACGAUCCAGCGCCGCCCGACUGUUCAAAUAAGAGGAAGCGAGGCAACAUUUCCGGAAAAUCCAAUCCGGAUCUCAGUUACUCGAAGAACAACCUGCAACGUCAAGGCGAUAUGUCAAUAGAUCUUGACAACGCCCCACAGCAAGCAAACUUUCAGCAGCAACUGCAGAAGAGACUAGAUGCUCUCGAACGAUGCUUCUACUCUAGCCGUCCGGAAAGCGCUCUAAGCCUUCGUGCCGAGCCUCAAGAUGAUCCCGAGUUGCAUCCGAUUGCUUCAUUAAACGCAGAUGACCCGCAGCACUCGGCUACCAUGGGCCGCAGGGAAUCAUCAAAUGGCGACGCUUCAUCUGUUAAAUCUGAUUUGGCCGGAUUCAACGAGAUGGAAACGCCGAGCUCUAUGAGUAGUCUCCACGACGCGGGAAAUCAUAGAAUAUCGCCCACAUCAUCGAAGUUGGAGAAUUUGCCUACUAUGCCAGCCGCAUGCUUUUACAUUCGAAUUAUCACAAACGACCAGCCUCCGAGUGAGCACUAUCGCGCAAUUUAUCCUAAAUCACGAACAGUUCAAGAUCUAAAGUCGAAAAUCUUGGAGAAGAGUUCUGCCCAAAACAGCCUAGAAAUUUCUAGCAUUCUACAUAUAAACGACACCGGGCUCAAGAUUGUGGUGGAUGAUGAAUUUGUCCAUGAGAUGGCCGAAGGACAGAGUAUGACUGUCAGAAUCGUUGAGACCCCCGCGCCUUCCCUUGAUGCUAGCAACGUAUUUGGAAAUAACGUUCAACAUGAACUUUGGUUGGAGUACUAG